UUUCAGAUGGCUUUUUACAAGCAAAACAAUAAAAUACCAGCAACUUAUGAAUCAUGUAGUACUUCAGCAUUUAAACAUGGUCGGACAGAGACAGUGCGUUCAGCAACGACAGCAACAAAGACAUGUGUUGAAGCAUUUACCAAGAAAAAAAACAAACCAUCACCCAGUGAAUUAAGAACAAUGUUAAAUGAUUGUUCCAAAAUUCAUAACCAGUUAACAAAAGAAGCAGCAAUGGGUCAAGGUUUUGAUCGACAUUUAUUUGCAAUGAAGUAUUACAUUGAAAAGAAAGGGGAAAAGCUGCCAGAAAUAUAUCAAGAUUCUACCUAUAUCAAAGCCAAUCAUUUCCAUCUAUCAACAUCCACAUUAUAUGGAACAGCAUUUAGUGGUGGUGGUUUUGGUCCAGUAGUGGAAGAUGGAUAUGGUGUUGCCUAUGGUUUUCAUGAUGAAUUACCAGGAUGUGCUGUGAGUUCUUACUCUACAUAUAGGAAUGGUAGAGAGUUUGCAGAAUGUAUUGAAUCCUGUUUAAAUGAUAUAUAUCAGGUAUUGAAUGCUACACGUAAAAUUGACGGAUAAAUUUCUGUUAAAUGCUUAUUUAUAAAAUAUAUAAGAAAUAAAAUCAACAAAUUUAUAUAUACAAUAUAUUUUUUUAAAUUGAAUGAAAUUUUAUAAAUUUUAUAUAAAUAAUUGUAUGUACAGUGCACUCUUGCUAAAUCUUAUUAAUUAUGAUACAAGAUUGUUUGGAUAAGCAAUAUUAUGUAUAAAGAAAAGGAAGUCAAAAAGACUACAGAGUAAUGUAUAUAGUAUGUUUCUUUUGUUUACAGUAUAUAAAAUAUAUACAGACAGUAUUUUUAUUUUGUAAUCAUAAAAAAUGUUAUCAGUUAUAAUGUUACUAAAAUUAGCAAUUCCCAAAACAAGUCAAAAUACAUUGUAAAAACUUUGUUUAUUGUACUCACAAUUUUAUUAUAAUCUUCAGAUAAAUAGGCCUUUUUAAGCUCUCUUCAUGCUAUCAGCCUUAACAUAUAACUGAUAACAUGCAAUUGUUAUCAAUUAUUGUUUUGUCUUAAUUAAUUCUUUAAAUGAUAAUCAUUGUUAUCAUUUGUUUGUAGUACAAUAGUUUAACAGCAUCUAUAGCAUAAUGCCAUUUAGUUGGUGGUAGAUAAACAAUACUGAAUGAAUUAUAUAGAAAUUAAUUAUAAUAAUUAUAAUUAAUAAAUCUUAAUGUUAUCAAAUCAUGGUUAUUAUCAGUUUAGGUGAGUUCCAAACUGAUCAAAUAAGUAUUUUUGAAAAUUUCUUAUCAGUACUAUAUCUGGCAUGAACACAUUAUGUUAAAAUGUGUAGUAGAUAUAAAUUUUAUAAAUUCAUUGUUUUAAAAAAAUUGUGAUUUCUUUUGGUUCUUCUAGCGUCUAACAGAAAAAUAAACAAAAUUCAUUCAGAUUGCCAAGAGUGCAUUGUAUUUAUAAUGAAAUCAAGUUUAUCUAUUUUUUUCUAUUGAAUGUUAAUUUUUGAAUAAAUGUUACUGAUUAUUGAGACAAUCAGUUAAUUUGUUCUUAAUUAUUCAAUUUAACUUAAUAAGCCCAUUAUUAGCUUAUUCAAGUUAUUUAUUUUUUUCUUAAAUCAAAAGUAUUAUUCAUCAGUUAUAAUUUUGA